AUGUACUUCAAGGCCAUGUUCACAACCUCCCUCUUCGCCCUGCUCACAGGCUCCGCCAUCGCCCAGGGCCAAUACGGCGCCGUACCCAGCCAAUCAAUGGCCCCCGAUUCCAACAGUCAAAGCUCCUCCAUAUUCCCAGAGUCUUCCCAAAGCUCGACGACCCAAGGUUACACCAAUUCAAAGACUCCAUCAAUGGUGCCUUCUUCCAGGGUGGCGUCCAGCUCCGCCACGUCUACAAGUUCGGGUUUAUACAGCUCCACCCCAUCAACCUUGAGCUCAUCUAUGAAACCUACCUCCUCUACAGCCUCCUCCAGAGCUGGCAUGUUCGGUGGUCUGCUGGAUAGCAAGAAAUUAAACCUACGCGCUGAGCCGGGUGCGAUGGAUGAGAUUACUCGUAUGAUGCCCGCCAGCGAGUAUAGUCGGCCUGAGUCACAGCCUGCAGCUUAUCCGACGAAAUGA